AUGCCUUCCUCCACCUCCGAGACCUCUCAAGUGUGGUCCCGCUUUCCACAAUUCUUCAACGUCCUUGGUAACAAUAAUGCGCCAGGUUCUCCAAGGUUUAUUCUUCGCCAGGAAACCGAAGAGUUAAUCUUCAGAACAGGCGAAAAGAUACCACCCCAGUCACCAAAAGAGCAAUCUCUAGAUGGCGCCAGUGAUGAGGAAGUCCUUGCGUAUAUUCAUUCACUUAUCAAACUAAAUGAUGAAACUGGGAUGAACUCUUUCCUUAGCACGCGGAGAGCUAAACUGGCCCAGUUGACAGACAUUGACCCCGAGCAUCCAGGCUGGAAUGCUCUUCAUCUUGCAUUACUCGAGAGAUCUUAUCGAGUUUUGGACCCAUUUUUAGCCUUCGGCUUGGAUCCACGUGCUGAUAGACCAGACGGUUUCAAGCCAGUUCAUAUGUGCUGUCGGGAGAAUACCUGCGGUGCUCUUCAAGCGUUAUUGCGCUUUGGUGGAUCAACCCUCAAUACCGAUAACUUGGGUAGGACCGUGUGGCAUUUAGCCGCAGAGCUGAACUCGGUAACGGUUUUGGAGGAACUUCUUGACUUGGGCGACGUUGAUGUUGCGCUAAAAAUGACAUCUAAGCCCCAUGAGAUGGCCAUUUGUGCGGCAGCGACUCGAUUACACCUCGAGGCUGUUUGUCUUCUCCUGCCUUUUUACAAAACGGAAGAAUACUGGACAAGUAGUAAAGCCCUGUCCCUCAUUUUGUAUGAACCCAGGUUCUCUGAGGCUAUGCAAUCCUUACAUCGAUUCGGCAUCCUUUCACAAACGUCAUGCGGUAUGCGUGCUCUGGCGUAUUCAUUCCAUUGGGCUAUUCUUCAGGAUGAUGUACAGACUUGUGAGAAGCUUUACGGUCUCGGCUGCCCGCUGGAGUGUGAGCUGCCCUUUGCCAUACUUCUGACGCCGUUAGCUCUGGCCAUAAUCCAAGGUUAUUACAAGGUGAUGGGGUGGUUAAUUAGAAUGGGUGCGCCUGUUUCAACCAUCAUGGCUCAUCCUAAUAAGGACGCCUAUUGUACAGUUCUCGAUCUUUUCCUGGAGCGACCGAACCUUAACCACCUUCUUCCAACAUUAUUGGAUGCAUACCUUGCAGAGGGAGGAGCCGGCUCACACAAACAACACAGUGUUCUCGAAAUACCUCUCGCUUCACAUAACACAUACGGACUCAUGAUAAUGUUGAACAAGCUUCAGGGCAAGGCCUUAGGCCAAGGCGAAGUCACGAAGUUCUUCAGAGACAUAUCAGGCAGCCGCAUCUUCGAGAGCACCUCAACACUUGACUCGCUCAGUGCCAUCAUCAAUCAAGGGGAUACCCUUUAUCCGAACCGAACACCUCUUUUUCUAGCAGCUGCGCAAAAUAAUGUGAAAGCGGCAAAUGCUCUACUAAUUCACGGUGCCGACGUUAACAUAGCUGACGACAGAAAUUGCACACCUCUCUUUGUUGCAUCUGAGCACGGUUCAGCAGAAGUUGUAGAGCUCCUCCUCAGUCGCGGUGCCCAUGUCGACGUGAUGAAUACUUCAUCCCACGAGCUCCUCGAUGUGGCUUUCGUACAAAAGUCAUGGAAGGUUGUCGAUAUUCUUCUCGCGGCAGGUCUACCGAGCAAUCGAAUAAACUCUGAGGGAAGAAAUCUCCUCAUGCUCAUGACAUUAUGGACUUGUGUCCCAGGCACCAAACCCAACAUUGGGCUCUUCAAGCAACUUCUAGACCAUGGCGUCGAUCUAUACUUAUGCGAUAAGUUCGGUUAUUCCGCUUCCCAUUGUCUUUUUACAAGCCCUUGCCGGUGUUAUUUGUUAUUCAUGUUGAACAUGAGACUCGAUCUACAAGUGGGAAAGCUCAGCAGCUGGCCUGACCAUUUCUUCUCCAACGGAGUAGACACCUUGGUCGCGAUAACCUACAACCUCCGGUAUGUCAAACCUUCGGUCAAGAUUGAGGGCGUUCGCCAGCUGUGUGGCCUGCGAACCCCCGGUGCUCAUAGUUUGCUAUGUCGAGCAGCCUGCUGGGGUUCUGUCACGGCGAUCCAGAACUUCGUCAAGCUUGGGAUUGGUGAUCUUGAACACCAUUGUCGUGAACACGGAUCGCCCCUGAAUGCUGCCAUUCAAAGCCACAGAUUGGAGGCAGUCAAGUUUCUCACGCUUCAUGGCGCUAAGGUGCCUGACUAUCUUUGUAAACCCAAGAAUUCCUCCCUCAGUACUGCAAACCCAGAUUUUGUCAUUCGACAAUGGUUAUUUGUUGGCAGGUACAAUGAAAAAAGGCGAAUUUCAUUCAAUCUGUUGAAUGAAGAGACGGAGAUCAAGAGCUGGUCUGGAGUAUGGGUUGCUCGGGUUCCAUUGCGAUGGCAAAAGAGGAGUUCUGUUGAUAGCAUCUUGGAAUACGCCAAACGAAGACAUUGGGUUGAAAUUGAGUACAAGUCAAGCACUGUUCGAGAUACUCAACUGGUGCGAACAAAAGAGAGAUGUGGCAGCAUGUCGAGUGUUGAAUGUGAGGGCUAUUGCUGAGGAAGACGCAACGGUCACUCAGCGCCGCAAGAUUGAUAGCCAACAUCCGACCAAGCACACCCAACAGUGGAUCAUCUAUAGCUUUAACCGAGCUCGCAAAAAGGCCGAUGAGGACAAAGCAAAGAAAUUGUAACGCUGCGUUCAGUGGAUCAUAUGCUCCCUCCCGGAGGAUCCACUCGGCGUCCGGCACCGGUCAGAAAGUACGG